CGCGACCGGGCGCCUGCGACCGAGCAGUCCCUGCCGGACCAGCUCGCCGGCGUCACCGCGGAGGCGAUAAGGAUGCCGCCCCCUGCGGCGCCUCGGUCCCCUCCCCCACUUGCCCCCUCGCUCCCCACUCCGUCCUCCACUCUCCCUCUCCCCAGAUCCCUUUCUCCCCUGCGCCCACCCGACGCGGCCGCUGCUGCCGCCUCGCCGUGACCAUGGCCGACGACCUCCCCGAGCCAAGCGAAGACGUCGAGGAGCAUCGUCGGCAUCUCCUGCGUCUACUACAGCCAGCAAUGCGAGCUGGGAGGCGUUGCUUCCCCGGAUCCUCGUCGUCUUCCACCUUCGGCACCGCCGCCGUCACCGCCUCAUCGUCUCCGCGGCCAGCGUCGUCCCUUUCGUCCGAGCUUGCGCCAGGAGCUCCACCUGCCUCCCCUGCUUCCCCUACGCGGAUCCACUCGAGCUCGAAGCACCCACCUCGACCGAAUCGUCCGUCUUCCUCGACUACGGCCGCUGCGGCCAUCACCGUCGAUCUGCACCACCGGCGCCUCCCGGCCUCGCCGAGCUCGUCCACGGCUUCCCUGGGAUGGUGGAGUCCAGGAGCCAGAUGCCACCUUUGACGACUGCUACUACCACGAGGGCGCCUACUACCUCAUGAAGACCGCGACGACCAGGAGUAGUUAGGAGGCUCCCAGGCAGGAGGCCUUGCCUUUUCGAUCAAGGUUGCUUUUGUGCUAGCCUUCUUAAGGCAAACUUGUUUAA